AUGUUAGUCGACGAACUUAAUACCAAAGAAUCAAGUGGACUUUUGUCUACAGUAGAUCGAAUGCGUGAAAUCUUACACAAUGAAAAGAUAACUUUACCAGAAAUUGUAGUAGUUGGUGAUCAAUCGGUCGGUAAAUCAUCUGUACUUGAAGCUAUUUCUGGAAUUCAAUUACCUCGUGCACAAAAUAUUUGCACACGAUGUCCAUUAGAAUUACGAAUGAAAUCAACGAUAGCCACCGAAUAUGCUGUCAUUCGUAGUAGUAAAUGCUCAGAAAACGAAGCUGAAACCUUAUAUGAUAUGAAUGAGAUUAGUAAUGUAGUUACACGACUUACUAAAGAAAUUGCUGGUGAAGGAACAAAUGUAAGCUCAACACCAAUCUAUUUAACAGUAUAUAAACGUAAUAUGGCAUAUGAUUUAACGCUUAUCGAUUUACCUGGUAUAACUCGAAAUCCACUUCCUGGUCAACCCAAAGAUAUUCAUGCACAGAUUUUGAAUUUGAUUAAUAAAUAUAUAGAACCAUCAACAGCAGUUGUUUUGCAUGUUAUUCCAGCAUCGGUCGAUUUUGCAACAUCAGAAUCAAUGAAAUUAGCCAAAGAAUAUGAUCCACAAUGUCUUCGACAAUUAAUCACUGCUACAAAAAUUGAUAAAUAUGAUAAAGGUAUUGCAGAAAAACUAUUAGGACGAGGACCAGGAGCAAUGCAAUUAAAAUUGGGUUGUAUUGCUGUACUUAAUAGAAAUCAAGAUGAAAUUGAUCAGAAUAUUUCAUUUGAAGAAAUGAAAAAACGUGAAGCAGAAUUCUUUAUCAAACAUCAUGAAGCGUUUCAAUAUUUACCUGAUGAAUUUAAAGGUAUUGAUCAAUUAGUUAAAAAAUUAGCAAUUAUUCAACAAGAUCGUAUACGUUCAACACUUCCACAAGUUAUUGAAGAAUUACGAAAACAAAUUCGAGAAAAAACUCUUGAGCUUAGAAAUAUUCCAAUACCUAUGACAACAGAACAAGAUUGUUGGAUGAAAUUUCAAUCGAUGAUAAAUGCAUUUCGUGAAAGUAUUCGAACUAAAAUCAAUGGAGAUUAUGAUGUUUCAACAAGAAUAAAUAUGAUUACUGUUAGUAAUCAAGCAUCAUCAAAAAUACAUGAUUCCAUGAUGUUAUCAUCACUUAAAACUAAUGAAAACUCAAUAAAUUCUAUAUCUGGUGAUGAUCGUCUUGCUUAUCAUAUUUAUAGAUUUCAAAGAAAAUUUCAAGAUGAACUUACAAAAAAUUUUUCAGAUUUUUUCUCAUCUGAUUAUUAUAAACUUGUUUUACAAGUUAUUGAUGAUGGUGCUGGUGUUUCAUUACCGAAUUUUCCAAGUUAUCAAAUAAUCGAACGACUUUUUCAUGGAGAACUUCAACGUUUACCACGUACUUGUUUUACUUUAAUUGAACGUAUUCGUGAUUAUCUCAAAGAAAGUUUAUUGAGAAUAUUACACCAAACAUUUGAUACCCAAUACAUUCGUCUAGUUGAACAACUUAAAGAUGUUAUCGUUAAACAAAUUGAUAUGGCUGCUGAUCAAGCUACUGAUAGAAUUCAAGAAAUAUUAGAUAUGGAAUAUAGAAUUUUUACAAUAAAUAAUUUAUAUGCAGAUAAAGUGAAUGAAAUGAAAGAACGAUUGAAUAAAAAAGAGAAAGAACAACAAGGUGAAGCGGCACCACCUGCAGUAACAAUGGCUGUUGUUGCUCCACUAACAGUACAGGUUGAUUCUCUACAAAAACCCGACUUCAAAAAACUUCUCAAACCAAUUUCAGGUUCAAAAACUGAAGCUUUAGUUUCGAAACCUGAAGAUUCAACUGUAAAAUCUGAAAUGCUAACAUCAACAUCCCUUAAUACUUCUAUGAUGAUUCCUAGUUCACAUAAAUUAACAUUUAAUGAAUCUCUAGCAGCCGUAGAUAUUCAAAUAACAUUGGAAUCAUACUGCCUGGUUGUAAGAAAACGUAUUAUUGAUAUUAUUUCUCAAAUAUGUUAUCAUCAGUUUAUUACAAAAUGUGCUCUUGUUAUCGAUCAGGCUUUAACAGUAGCUUGUCCAUCAUCGGAUUUACUCCGUUUUAUGAAAGAGCCUGCUGAACAAACAAGUCGACGAGAACAUUUGAUACGUACUAUUAAAGCAUAUGAGGAUGCAUUACGACUCGGUCAAGGUUAUUUGUAA